GACACAGCCGGGGGCAGAGGCAGUUCAGGAAGUGUCCAAGAUCUUAUGGCCGAAGUUUACAGUGAAAUUAAGUUCCGUCGCCGUAUGGUAUCUUCUACAGAUUCACGAGUCUUGUCGAUUAAAAAGUUGUCGUUAUUGUUUCCGCUUUUGCCACAGUCAUUUGCUUUAUGCAUUCGCGUUUUCCUUUUGUCCUAGAUGUCCAUUGCCAUGUUGUCAUUGCCUUAGUGUUUGACUUGUGUUUUUUUUGUGCCUCGUAUAGGGUCGCUCCUUCGACCCUGCUCUCUUGAUUUAUUGUUGUUAACGUUGCCAUUUAACCGCUUUGUGAAUCCAAAUGGAGCGUUGGAUAAUUUAGUUUCCGCCUGGCGAUUCAGCAACGUUAGGCGUAAGGUUAGGCUACGUCUAGUAGUUAUCAUUAAAAUCACUCCCAACCUUUGUUUCAUUCGGGCACUACGCUCACCCGCAUCGUGGGUGUGGAUUGUUUGCCUCUCCUUCUCUCGAUUUGUCUCUUUCUCGUUCUUUGUUUAGGCCUGCGUAGCCUACAACACUUUCAGACCCAGAACACAGAGACAAACAGACUUACGGAAGUAAACACGCUCAAGGGCAGGGAGGAGUGAUGUCAGACCGUUUUCAUGGAAAACGAGAAUGAGUGUGGAAGCGAAACGGAUACUGACGAGAAUAUCCAGAUGUUUGGAUGACACAGAUAUGACCUGUCAACUGGACAGGUAGGCUACAAGACACCAAGAACUGGCUGCAACAUAUGCUAGCCUGUCAACACGGUGAUUGGGGGGCAGCAUGUUGGCGUCUCCCGGGAGUGUCGCGGCGGUUGCUGAGGCGAUAGCGGUGGCGGAGGAGGUGGCUGGGGGCGGAGAUGGCGUGGAGGAGAUGGACACCUCGGAGCCCAACUGGGCCUGGUUCUACCUGGCAGAGUGUGGCCACUGGCACAUGUUUGGCACUGAUCCGUUUGCGGCGGCGUCUGUGAACAGCUACGUGAUCGAACAGAGUUACAACCGGAAUCGCCAUGGCUGUGUGGAGUUCCACACUCACAAAUACGCCUACAGAAUAGAUUUUAAAGACAUGAAGCAGACCAACCUGUCCACGGGGAAGCAGCGCGCUGUCAAGAGGGCCCUGCAGUCUGUGACGAGCUUCAGGUCCAUCUGUGAUGCCCCUGCAGUACCUGUACCCAGCCACUGGGAGGCAGUAAACUCAACUGAGCCGUACCAGCUCAUCCCUCUCAGCCAGGACAGCCACGAGUUUAAGGAGGUUAAAGAGCUUUAUGAGAGAACGAUGAGCAACACCAUCCGCUCCAUCCACCGCAUACAGAACAGCGACCUGUGGGAGUUCUUUUGCAGGAAGCGGGAGCAGCUGCGGAGGAUAAAGAGCGGCGCGGAGGUGCAGGAGAGGAUGCUGUUCCACGGGACGUCCGCCCGCAACGUCCAGGCCAUCUGCAUGUUCAACUUCGACUGGCGGCUCGCCGGGAGUCACGGACACGUCUACGGCAAAGGUUCAUACUUUGCCAGAGACGCCAAGUAUUCCAGCAAGUUCUGCGAGGUCUCCCAGACGCACCUCCUCAGCCUCCAGACGCACGGCCUGCUGACCGGUCCCCAGUCGGCUUCGACGGUGGCGGCAACCACACCCUACCGGUGCAUGUUCCUGGCCCGCGUUCUGGUCGGCGAGUACGCGGUGGGCACGAGCGUGCUCUGCCGCCCGCCCUCCAAGGAUGGCACGCUGACCAAUGUCUACGACAGCUGCGUAGACGACGCCGGCCAGCCGAAGAUCUUCGUCGUGUUCGACAGCAACCAGGUGUACCCCGAGUACCUCAUCGAGUUUCACUGAGACGCGACUCGAAUUCACAUGCACACACGACCGUGCCUGUGACUGAGACCACGAUAUUCUGCAGAGGACAGUACUACUCUCCUCCACUGGACGAGGACGAUCUGCGUUAUAUAGACUAUUGUAUUUUGGACCUUCUUGGAUAAUUUAUUAAAAAGAGAUAUGGUAAAUAGGCUAUAAAUGUGUUUGUUUUUUUCUUAGCUGUAAACAAAAUGAUGACUGUACUUUGACAAAACCCAUUCAGAAGCUGGUGUUGAAAUACUGUUUUUUAUUGUAAUGAAAUUGAAAAAAUAAAAAAUAAAUCAUUA